CCCUUUGUUAUACCUAGAUUUUAUAUUCGAAAGAACAAGAAUGGGCAAACGAUUUCAUUUAUUGUGUAAAUACAUACAUCGUUUCGUAGAUGACAUUAUUAAAGCACGUGGACAUACCGCAUUACAGGAACCAGACUUCUUGGAUAUUCUAAUGACGACCAAGGAUGAAAAUGGUGUCGGACUUAACGAAACAGAAAUACGAGAUGAGGUCAAAACAUUUUUGUUUGCCGUUCACAACACAGUAAGUUCUGCGAUAAGCUGGUCCAUAUACUCACUUGGAAAAUAUCCAGAAAUACAAGAAAACAUUUACGAAGAGGUUAUAGGAAUCGUCGGUACAGCAAACGUAAAAUGGGAUCAUUUGAGCAAGAUGACAUGUUUAAACUGUUUUAUCAAAGAGGUAUUACGCAUGUAUAGCAUAGUACCUGUUAUCCGCCGAACUCUGGAAAUGAAAUUACUAAAAAGAAAAAAU